GUGAGGGGAUCACCUCACCAGGGUCGUGUGAGAGGAUCGUAGGAGGGGCGAAUGCUUCUCCCGGGUCGUGGCCCUGGCAGGUCAGUCUGCAGAGCAACGGAGAUCAUUUCUGUGGAGGCUCCCUGAUCAACAAACAGUGGGUCCUGACUGCUGCUCACUGUGUCUCCAGCACCUCACGUGGUCUCACCGUUCACCUCGGUGGUGACACCCUAGACUUGCCGAAUACAAAUGCGAUGUCCCGGACUGUGUCCCAGAUCAUCAAGCAUCCCAACUAUAAUAAAGUCCCGAACGAUAACGACAUAGCCUUGCUGAAGCUGUCCUCACCUGUUAACUUCACCGACUACAUCAGACCCGUGUGUCUGGCGGCGGCCGGCAGCGUCUUUAACGCCGGGACAACCUGCUGGGUCACCGGAUGGGGAGACAUACAGUAUGGAG